AUGGGGAAGGACGACAAGAAGAAGAAGAGCAAGAGCAAACACUCGCGCCACGCCACAAAGGGCAGUCGCAACAAGCCCUCCAACCAACAGGCAUCCGUCACACAUAGCAUCAACCAGUCGGUGUCGAUCGAUGUACAGGAGCAGGUGCAGGCAUUUUGCAUGAGCAUCCUCAAGCGCACCUUCCAAGGGGUUCGCAAGGAGUUUGCCGACAAUAAGCGCAACUUUGCUAUGUCCAAGUGCUCGGUCUUCCAAAAGAACCCGCAGAAGAACCGCUACAAAGAUGUCGGCUGCCUGGAUGAUUCCCGUGUGGUGCUGCGCGACAACGGGGCCGACGACUACAUUCAUGCCAACUACGUGGCCACCCCCGAGAGUGCGAAGCGUUUCAUCUGCUGCCAGGCACCGUUGGACAAGACGUGUACCGAUCACUGGAAAAUGAUCGUCCAAGAGAAUGUCGAAGUGAUCCUGAUGCUGUGCAAUUUCAAGGAAAAGGACACUGUCAAGUCGGCCGAAUAUUUCCCCUUUACCGACAUCACCCAGCCGAAGAUCUUCGGCCCGUACACCGUCCGCUGUACCAACAAGGAGAAUUUUAAAUGGCCGACCCCGACGACAGCCGUUGUUGUCGUGUCUUCAUUGGUUGUCGAAGUUGACGGGCGUCAACACAAGGUUCUCCACUACCACUGGCAGGAUUGGCCGGACCGCGGGGUUCCUCCAGCCGAUCAGGCGCCCAUCGAUCUGCUCAAUGUUCUCUCGCGAACAAAACAUCCGAUGGUGGUGCACUGCUCGGCGGGAAUCGGACGCACCGGGUCGAUUGUCCUCAUCCAAUACAUCCAGGAGGCCAUUAAGGCUGGAAAGCCAUGCGACAAGGUGGAGAAGCUGCUGAUCGAGUUGCGGAACCAGCGCGCGAACUCGGUGCAGACGGACUAUCAGUAUUUGUACGUGCAUCAGGUGCUGCUCAACUACUAUCACAAGGCGGAAUACCUCGAUGCAUCCAUCGAAGGGCCUCUGGCCGAAUUCACGGCUGAAUACAACAAGUACACGGCCAACGUCAAGUUC